ACGUCAAAUUACCAGUUUGUUUUGAUUUUGUGUGGGGAUUUGUAAUUGAAAUUUUUAAUUUGUAAAUGUAAAUGUGUAAUUUGUUGUUAAUAUUUAUUGUUUAACGCUGUUAUUUUAAUUUAUGUCAAAUUGGUAGUGCAAAGAAUAAAAAUGUCGAAAGACGACAAAUUGUUUUUUCACAAAACAGUCAUGCAUUUGGCUAGAUCCCUAAGCAGUAUAAAGGAUACACCCUGGGAAAAGAUACAAAUUCUUUAUGGAAUGUGCCCAAUGGAAUUACAAAAUGGAAGCAUUUAUAUCACUUGCCGCCAGCAAGAUGCCGUUAUUGCCCUCGGUAUUUAUUUGCUGGAAUCCAAAUUUCAACAUAAAGAAAAAAUUGUUAAAUACCUUUUGCAUUUGGCUAAGUUGCUAGAGAAGGCUUAUUGGCCGGAUGAGAUGAAGUAUCAUCAUACAGACAGAACACCCAUUGCUGAAAGAUUUAGUUUUUGCUUCCACACACUUUUAUCAGACAUCGCAGCAAGAUGCCAGGACUAUCAAGAUUUGAUUAUAGAGACCCAGGUAGAGAGUUUGGUUUCUCUUACCAACAAUAUACUAAGAAUGAAAGACCCUGGGAGUUGUAAUAGUAGUUCCAAAUUAUUUUUAUGUAAAACUACAUUGCCUGUUUUAAUUGGUCUAUCAAGAGCAAUGGGCAGAUACUCUUUUAAUGAUCCUUCUUUAAUUGCUCGAUUAUUUCCUAAACCAGAACCUCCUUUAGGGCAAAACUCGGCCAGUAAAACAAAUGUAACUAAUAAAAGCUUUAGCAGCUUUAGAAAUAUUAUUCCAAGGAGUCUUAGUGGGAAUUUAGCAGCAACUUUUGAUAUCUUGGCAAUCACACAGGGUUAUGACUCUUCAGAUAUUGCCUACAAUACAAGCUCACUGAAAAGAGGAUCAGCAAUUAAUACACCACAAAUUAAUUCAGCCUAUGACCCAAAAACCUAUUUUUUUGCAAAAUUUGGCUCCAGCUUCAACCAAGUCCCUCAGCUGCGUGUUAGCGAUCCAGCAGAUAAAAAAUGUCCGAUAAUUUUCCCCCAGAAGCACCUGACAACAAUUUUGGCACUCAGUAAAAAACUGCUUACCAAAGAUAUGUUAAGCCACAUCGAUGAACAAUCAAUGGAAAUUUACAGUACUGGCAGAAUACAAAUUUUCCCCUAUAAGACAUUUUCAGAAACUAUUAACCUGGUGUUUGUAACUCUGAUGAGAGAAUUAUUACAGCCACAGUCCAAUUUGCCUGUGCCAUUUACGAAAGAUGUACAAGAGUUUGUUAAAGGGUUAUAUUUAAACGGUCAAACGGAGUUACAAAGCCGCCACCACGAUGCCAGCGAAAAGGAAGACAGGGAAAGUAAUUUUGCGUUGGUAAAUAAGUUUAAAGUUAACGUUAUGGCGAACGCCGCCUGCGUUGAUUUGCUUGUCUGGGCCAUCGGUGACGAAACUGUGGAUGUGGAAUAUAACUUUUCAACUUUGGUGCAGUUUCUAACUACUAUACUAGGUGCUGAUAGUUUAUGCGGUCGCCUUUCAGAGAAAAUUAACACCAAUGACAGUUACAGAUUGGUUCUAGCUCACAUGCCCCUUUUAAUGGUGUGCCUGGAAGGUUUAGGAAAACUGGCCCAAAAAUUUCCAAAUAUCGCUUCCACUUCGAUUUAUUGUUUAAGAGAUUUCUUAAUAGUGCCCUCGCCGAUUUUAUCGAAGUUACACAAGCAGGCAAACGAAAGGAGCGGUAAAGAUCACUUGAAAGUCGUUGCUGCCGGGCAUGUCUUGAAGGCCGAACAGGCUGCCAAUAAAUAUCCUUUACGGGUACAGGGUGCAUUUGAGAAAUUACGUGACGCCGCAAUCGAGAACUUGUGUUACGCUUUGGAGGCAUCUCACACAAUGGACCCUGAAUGUGUUAGAGCUUUGGUUGCUUCUGUUUCUAAUCGGCUUUUUACAGCUGAAAAAAGCGAUAGUGAAUCAACACUAAUCUCAACAAACAUAGUGAUAAUGUUGGGCCACGUUGCCGUAUCUAUGAAGGGUACUCCGAAAACCACCGAUACCAUCCUACAGUUCUUCCAGCAGCGGUUUUGCCGGGUUCCAUCGGCUUUGGACAGUUUAAUCGUGGACCAGUUGGGAUGUAUGAUAAUCGCCCAAUGUGAACCCAACGUAUAUGAGGUGAUCAUGAAAAUGUUUACAAUGAUUACGGUGGAAAGUAGUAGUACCACUUAUGGGAGCAGUUCGAACGAUAAAGCCCAGUAUAGGCACGUCUCUAGGUCGGUCAUUAAUGCUUUGGCCAACAUAGCUGACAAUAUUCAGGGGGAAUUGCAGAUGAAUGAACUGCUCGGUCGAUUGCUCGAGUUAUUUGUGCAAUUGGGUUUAGAAGGCAAAAGAGCUAGCGAUAAAAGUCCAGUUCUAGAAGCAGCUCCUUUUAAGAUAAAAGAAUCCAUGAUGGGUGCAUUAAAAGCGUCCAGCUCGGCCGGCAAUUUAGGUGUAUUAAUUCCAGUAAUUGCAGUUUUAUUACGCAGGCUACCCCCAAUUAGACACCCCAAACCAAGAAUUCAUAAACUUUUCAGAGAUUUUUGGCUUUAUUGCGUAAUUAUGGGGUUUACGGCGUCAGAAUCUGGAUUGUGGCCUCAAGAAUGGUACGAAGGGGUAAAAGAGAUCGCAGUAAAAUCACCCGCUCUAAUUUCACCGACCUCAAGUCGCUCCGAGAUGCGAGAAUUACAAUAUACGAGUGCGGUCCGUAAUGAUAGCGUAUCAAUUAACGAAUUGCAGGAGUUGAAAACGCAAAUUUUGGAUUUGUUAAACCCUCAUCCUGCGGAAGUUACUGCUUUUGUCAAUAAAUUAACUUUUGCGCAGUGUACCUUUUUGCUUAGCGUUUACUGGGUUGAAACGUUAAGGGUUCAACAUUCUGGAGAACCUAGUAUGGUACCGAUGAUUUCGGACUACUUAAGCGACUCGGCAUUACAAAAAGAUAAGUCAGGCAUGUGGAAUUGCGUCGCCUCCGUAAGCGAUUGUGUCUUUAAAAAAUUCCUGGACGUUAUGAAAAAUAAGCCGAAAGACGAGGCAAGAGAAUGCGAUUUGGAACAACACGCCCAAUUUCUACUCGUUAAUUUCAAUCACACCCACAAACAAAUCAGAAGGGUUUCCGAUAAGUACUUAGCCGACUUGGUGGAUAGAUUUCCGCAUUUGUUGUGGAGUAGACGGGUUCUUUGGACAAUGUUGGACAUCUUACAAGUGUUAUCUUACUCACUAGAAAUCGAUCCCAAUCAAGAAACACCCACAUUAAGAAUACCACAAACGUCGUACUCUAUUCAACUGAUGGAUACUUUGGAAGCGAGAGAACAAAUAAUUAAAGAUUUUGCCGCUAAUUCUGAGCGAAUCGUUAAGGAAGCUAUGAGAUGGGCCCCACAAUGGACCAGAUCACAUAUAUUGGAGUAUAUUAAUCAAAUACCCACUUCGGGUAUGUGGCAUCACACUGGCCUCUCUAUGGCUUUAGAAUCGAUUUUACAGUUCGGACCUUUGAAUUUGUAUAGCGCUCCUUUAAGCGUUAGUACGUUAGAGAAACGACCCAAAUGCGUAAAGACGGACUCUAGUAAAAUUAUGUCAACUUCUGCCAUGCGUUCAAAGUAUAUUGGAGAGGUUAUAGGAAUGUUAACUAUUUACGGAGAAGAGCGCAGGGAAGAAUUAAUUGCAACCAUCCUAAAUAAAGUGUGGGCCGCUUGUAAACAACAAUCGGAUUCUCUUCAUAGAGACGCGGUUUGGCAGGCCACCGCUCUCCUAAUUCAUACGCGGGACUUUGAUAGAAAACUAUUGCAUGCUGUUACUUGGUCCCAGGUAGAGCUUUUUAGUGUGGAGGCAAUGCGUUCGGCAGUCGAGUGCUGGCAGUGGUUGAUCACGUCCAAUCCAGAGUUGGAGAUGCGAUUUCUGCAAGAAAUGGUUUCCGCAUGGAAAUGUACAAUUCAUAAGAAGUUAGGAUUGUUUUCGGUUACAAAUACACAAACCAGUCCGUUGGCGGUGCAUGAAGGUUGUCAUUUGGAUCCGGACACCCCAUUUGUAAAACCACACGUUAUCUGGGUGCAAUUCAUCUGCGAAUUGGUGGAGACAAUAAAAUACAGCAGUUACGAAAAGGUGGAGAUGAUCGCCAGUCUUAUCCACCAUUCUUUAUCGAUGGCGGUCGGUAACGAACCUGCUCCAAUGACAAGACAUACUUCUGCGGUCGGAGUUAGAUUUAAAUUGUUAACUUGUGGCCUGUCUUUACUUCAAGGAGAUAUUUUACCGAAAAGCUUAGCGAAAAACGUUUUAAGAGAAAGGAUUUACUGUUGCUGUUUGGAUUAUUUUUGUAAACCAGUCAAAUGUCCCAACCAGAAUACUAAUGACUUGCGAGAAGACAUCACCACGUUAGUACGCUUCUGGCAAACUUUACACUCUGAUAAGAAAUAUUUAAGAAUCAGCGAUGUUGGAGAUUUGGGACCGUCGACUCCCAUGUCAACUUCGGUAGUCAGCCAUACCAAUGAACUAUCAAAACCGACAAGUGAUUUAAAUCGAUCCACAGGUUGGAUUAAUACCGUUCCUUUAUCCACAAGCACAGCGACCCUUAGUAAAAGAUCUGCAAAAUCGACAAGGAAAGUUCCGAUGGCUGACAAUUUUGUAAAAUGUUAUUUGAAGAAAAGGAAUUUGAUUUUGGAGUUAUUGGCAGUGGAAAUUGAGUUUUUGGUUGUUUGGCAUAACCCCACGUCCAGACCAGAAUUGAUUGUUCCCGGCGAAGAAAACAUCGCAUCGUGGCGCGCAAAAACAAUAACAGAAAAACAGUGGCGCGAGUACACGCGCCUCGCCUGGGACAUUUCGCCGGUUUUGGCCGUCCAUUUGCCAGCACGUUUUAAAACUAAUGAGGCAAUUAUUGGGGAAAUAAAGGCGCAAGUACACGCGAAUCCCACCAGGGUAACCCACGUGCCUGAGGCGUUACAGUACUUGGCUACUACCGAGGCGUUUUUGGCUGAUAGUCCUAAAUUAACUCAUAUGCUUACGUGGGCUCGAGUUUCUCCUAUACAGGCGUUAGCUUACCUCAGCAGACAAUUUCCAUCACACCCGAUUUCCGCUCAGUAUGCCGUUAAAGUGUUAAGUUCAUAUGAAGCUGAUGCUGUCUUAUUUUAUAUUCCUCAACUAGUUCAGAGCUUACGUCAUGAUAAGAUGGGUUACGUAACCGAGUUUAUUAAAUGGAUAUCUAAGAAAUCUCAGAUCGUCGCUCAUCAGCUCAUUUGGAAUAUGAAAACGAACAUGUUUACCGAUGAAGAUAUGCAAAUUAAAGAUCCCAUUUUAUUCGAAAUACUCGAAUCACUUGUAAAUACUAUUGUGGGCGAACUCUCCGGGCCGGCUAAGAAGUUCUACGAACGAGAAUUCGACUUUUUUGAUAAAAUCACUAGCAUUUCCGGCGAAAUUCGACCUUUUCCCAAAGGACCCGAACGACGAAAGGCUUGUUUAGAAGCACUAAGCCGUAUAAAGGUCCAACCGGGUUGUUACUUACCAAGUAACCCCGAAGCAAUGGUGGUAGACAUAGAUUAUAAAAGCGGAGUUCCGAUGCAAAGUGCCGCAAAAGCCCCCUACUUAGCCAGAUUCAAAGUAGUCAAAUGUGGCAUAAAGGAAUUGGAAAAUAUCGCCAUGGCCGUAUCAUUAAACGAAACUUAUGAUAUUGCUUCUUUGGGUCCCGAACUGUGGCAAGCCGCUAUCUUUAAGGUGGGAGAUGACGUCAGACAAGACAUGUUGGCCCUUCAAGUGAUCGGUAUUUUUAAGAAUAUCUUUCAAACUGUUGGGCUUGACCUCUAUCUGUUUCCGUAUAGAGUUGUGGCUACUGCUCCUGGGUGUGGGGUAAUAGAGUGCGUACCAAAUGCCAAAUCCAGAGAUCAGUUGGGCCGUCAAACAGAUAUCGGAAUGUACGAGUACUUCCAGAAAACAUACGGCGGCGAACGAACUAAAGAAUUCCAAACUGCGCGUCGUAACUUUAUUAUUUCUAUGGCCGCGUACAGCGUUGUCGGGUUCCUUUUGCAAAUCAAAGAUAGGCAUAACGGCAAUAUAAUGCUAGAUAAGGACGGACAUAUUAUACAUAUCGAUUUUGGAUUUAUGUUUGAGUCCUCUCCUGGAGGAAAUCUGGGAUUUGAACCAGACAUCAAACUGACUGACGAAAUGGUAAUGAUAAUGGGAGGUAAAAUGGAAGCUGCUCCUUUCAAGUGGUUUUCUGAUUUAUGCGUUCAAGCUUACCUUGCUGUUCGUCCAUACCAAGAGGCAAUAAUCUCCUUAGUAUCUCUCAUGUUGGAUACGGGUCUACCAUGCUUCAGAGGUCAGACGAUUAAAUUACUACGAGGACGAUUUAAUCCGGGGGCCAACGACAAAGAGGCUGCCAACUAUAUGUUACAAGUCAUCAGAAAUAGUUACCUUAACUUUAGAACCCGAACGUAUGACAUGAUACAGUUCUAUCAAAACCAGAUUCCUUAUUAAAAUUACCGUAGAAACAAGUAUUAUCGAUUAUAGGAACCAUUUUUCUUGGUUGGUUUAUGUGAUUUAAUUUGUUUGGGAUUGAAGGUAAAGGGAAACGUCCCUUGUUGUAAACGGUUCAAACUACAUUGUAUAAGGUAUAAGUAAAACAUAUUUAAGUUAAGUUUAAGGCAGCAGAGUUAGAUUAUCUUUUUUUUUUAAUUUAAUAUGAGAAUAGUUGAGAAAUGAUACAAUUAACUGGGAGACAAGUGAAGAGACAAAAUAUACAAAUAAGACGAAACAACAAAAUCGGAACAAAGCAUUGUUAAGAAAUAGAACUGUUCUCUUUAGAAACCCGGAAAAUUCUUAAAUAAAUUUCAAAUAUACAUGGAAGCUUUUAUGUAAAUUAUGAAUUUGGAUACUCAAAUACUAAGACAGAAAAGCAAAAAUUAUCAAACUAGCGUGUAUCGAAAUAUCGAAUAUCAAAUGCAAAAUGUCCAUGACAACCUAAAACUGACUUUUUUAAAAGCUAAACCUCCACAUUUUUUUAAUGAAAACCGCUUGUUCCGUUUGCAAUAAGAAAAAUUCACUUAGCUUUAACAUAGUUUUUCUUAGUUAGAUGUAGACAAAAAUGUUCAUAAGGUCAGUGGUUUAUUAACUAUUUUAACUAAUUUUUUAUUGUAGCAUGUUAUUUAGUAUUUAGCUUUAUUUUUUUUAAUUUGUAUUUAUUUUAUUAAAAAUUAAAGAGUCUAAGCUAAA